GUUAUUGCUGCUGUGCCUGCUGCCGGACAUCUUCCAUCAUCAACUUUUUAUCCUUUUUGUCAAGCGCCGUUCAUUCUGUGUACAAGUAGCGACGAUCAUGUGCUACGGUUCUGGCGGUGUAGAAGAGCUGAAGCAAAAGCUGAGAUCAAGUAUGAAUGGGGAAAAUGGGCUAUGAUUAACAGUCAGCCAACGGAGCUCAAGCUAGCAGGUGGAAGUUGGCUUAUUUCUUCUGGCUUCUAUGCUUGUGUUGAUAAUGUGCUGCUCUCAGGUAAAAUCCUCUCUGUAUCUGCUGCUUACUGCGGAAGAAUUGCUUGUGCCUACAGUAAGACGCGAAAUUUGGAAGAUGCGUUUAACAUCGCUGAUGUAUGCGUAUUUGGUUAUUCGAUGAGCAAUCCAUAUUACUAG